AUGCAUACUUCACAGACUACCUCCCCGGAGCUCCCGGAGGAAGUUUGGGAGAAGAUCCUAGGCUAUCUGGGCAGAAGGAAGUUUCUGGUCUCCGUAAUGACCACCAGUCGAUCAUUGUAUAACGUCGCAAAACGGUUGCAGUAUUCUGACUUAGCACUCAACUUCCUGCUCGGACAAAUCUAUACAGGCAGCACAGCCCGACCUAACGACUGUUUAGAGACACUGGCGAUAUGUACCUCGGCCUCGUCUCCCGCCAGGGCCGUGCGCCAUUUGGCCAUUUCGGAGAUAUCCUACGGUUCUGUUCCCGCACUUCUCACUCGAGCGUUGGCGAGCACUGCAGGACUCAAAUCCCUGGAUAUCCGAGUCAGCCAAGAUGUCCUCGAUGGCGAACCGCUCUUUUUGUCGACAGAUCCUCUAAUCACUUCGUCGACAUUUCUCCCCGAGCUUUCAGCACUAUAUACCAAUGAUACUCGGGUUGUCCUUGCUCUUGCUCCUAGACGACCCCUCUCAUCCAUCGCUUUGCCCGUGAAGAUGGACGCGACAGCAUACCACGCGAUCACAGACUCACUUUGCCAAUCGACGGCCAAAAUUACACAACUUUGCUUUUAUCUCGAGGUAGAAGAUAUAGAGGCUGCUUCGCAGUCGUUAGGAGCCAUCGCUCGAACAUUUCCGAAUGUGGCUCAACUUUGCCUCCAAUUUAGAUUGGCCAACGUCACUCCUGUCACUUGGGUUAUGCUGGAGCACACCAUCCAUCAGAUCGGCCCGUCACUUGUGCGAUUAAACGCGCUCAACGUGCUCAGUCUCGUGUAUUUUCCCGAGCCAGUAGAUAAAGCGGCAAGAUACGAAACAGAGACGAGAAGGCUUGCCAAUUUAAUCGUCGGCUCUGUGCCUCAAUUAAGGCGUGUCGAAUUGCGAUGGCACGGAUGGACAAUUUCCGGUGGCAGGUGGUCGCCCGUGGAUCAAAACCAUCUUCUUCGCCAACCGCAGAAAUGGCUGUAUACAGAAAGCCGAGAAAGGUCGUUAUUAUCUCGUGAGGUGAUUAUAUGA